AGACCUCUGUGUAAACCUUCCUGGAAGAAGAGCAUCGGAUAAAAAAUAUUCCGGGUAUCUGAGGUCCACCUCAACAUGAGGUUUUUGGCUGUGUUGUGUGUUUCCUGCCUUCUCAUGGGCACCCAGGCUCAGAGCAGUGCUAGUUUUCGUCGGGCGAAUGCUGGCAACGGCCGUUGUCAGUACAGCUUCACAGUGGACAGCCCUACAGAGGCCAGUUGUCCAUCACCAGGUUCAAGUCCUGAGAUGGAGGCCCUGAAGUCCCGCCUGGGGCUGCUAGAGGCGCUGGUCGCCCGUCUCGUAGGAGGUGAAGCCGUGUCAGAGUCAUCGGCGGGUUCUGGAUCUCAGUCAGGCCUCCAGGACGCUUACAACCAGGUGAUGGGGGAGAAGGCUCAGAUCCAGAGAGAGAAGCAAAGACUGGAAAGACAGGUUCAGGACCUGCAGCAGAGGAUGGAAGAGCUCCGCCAGGAGGCUGAGAGGUUGAGGAGCAGACCCUGCACGCAAAAACCUCCUCCUAGAGUGCCGGAAAUCGACAGCAGCUUCAAACCAGGAUCAGGUCCUGCACUUUCCCAACUGGUAUCCAGGCCUGGGAAUACACAAGGAGACACCAGCAGUUUAAGAGAUCCAGCAUGGCACUCGAGUUCAGGAUAUCAAGAGCUGACAGCUGUGGUUACUGAGGUGUCUGCCCCAAAUCUGGAAGGUCCAGCGGACAUCUCAGGCUGUGGUGACCUGGUGUGGGUAGAACAGCCUGAGAUGCACCGUAAGGCUGACAGUAUUGCAGGUAAAUACGGUGUCUGGAUGCAAGACCCAGAAGCUAAGGAACCUUAUGGUCCAGAGAUGGUAUGGCGCAUCGAUGCCGUAGGGUCUGAAGUGCGUCAACUCUUUGGGUAUGAAAACAUGGACCAGCUGUCACGUGGGUUUCCUACCAAAGUCCUACUCUUGCCAGAAUCUGUGGAGAGCACAGGUGCUACCAUGUACAGAGGCUCCUUGUACUACCAACGGAGGCUCAGUCGCACCCUUCUAAGAUACGAUCUACUCUCCGAGAGUAUUGCUGCUCGCCGUGAUCUUCCCCAUUCUGGCUUCCAUGGUCAAUUCCCUUACUCCUGGGGUGGUUACACAGACAUUGACCUGGCAAUAGAUGAGAAUGGUCUAUGGGCCAUAUACAGUACCAACAAAGCCAAGGGCGCUAUUGUGCUCUCCCAGCUGGACCCUAACAACUUGGAGGUGAAGGGCACCUGGGAGACUAAAAUUCGCAAGACUUCUGUGGCUAAUGCUUUUAUGAUCUGUGGCAAGCUGUACACGGUUGCUAGUUACACCUCGCCAAACACCACCAUAAAUUACAUGUAUGACACCGCAACCAGCCAGGGUAAAACAAUCUCAGUGCCGUUCAAAAACCGCUAUCGCUACAACAGCAUGGUAGACUACAACCCAGGGCAGAGAAAGCUACAAGCUUGGGAUAACUAUUACAUUGUAUCUUAUAAAGUGAGACUAGGCAAGCAGCAGUAAAGCGAAGCUAUCGGCAUAAAUGUCCAUUUCACCCAGCUUAUAGACGCAUUUUGCAAUGUUUUAAUAUUUUAAUAUCAAGUGGGACAGCUAUUGUUGGAUUUACUGAUAUUCAAUGACAAUUAUAGACAAUCUAGCGUAAAAAAGCAACUGGGCAAUUCAACCAUAAUUAUGCUGGGGACAUAAAUAAUAGCACCAAGAGUACGUACAUUUAAUGAACACAGAAAAUAUAAAAAUUUUCCUGAUAAUAUUGAAGCACCAACAAUUGUAUAUAGGCUGUUAUUUUCAAGACCAUAAUAAAAAGAAAUUAAGUGUACCAGUGACUACAUUGCACAACUUCACAUUAAGUGGACUUAUCUUUGUUCAUGAUAAACGUUAAAAAAAAAGAAGUUCCUUUGACCAACACGUUACCAAAUGGAUAAAGUUUCUAAUCAUGUAUCAUGAUAUCAGUUUAAUAAAUUGAGGCCACAUUUAA